AUGGACGUAGCGCCAAGCGUAGACACAGUAUAUCAAGCGAUUCGCACCCUUCAUUAUGAUACCGAGGUACAUGCAAAGGAGAAGGCAUCCAUAUGGCUUGGCGAGUUUCAGAAGUCGGUAUUUGCAUGGUCGAUAUCAGACGCCCUACUUCGCGAGGAUCGCGACCUGGAGUCCAGCUACUUUGCGGCGCAGACGAUGCGAACGAAGAUCCAGUCCUCUUUUCACGAACUGCCCCCUGAAAGUUAUGAAGCUUUGAGAGAAUCUCUCUUUUCCCAUUUCAGUACCUCCGGUUCAGCCACUAAUCAUGUGAUCGUCAUUCAGUUGUGCUUGGCGGUGGCUGAUUUGUACUUGCAAGUGCCGGCCUGGAAAAACUGCGUUGUAGAGAUCAUCGACAGGUUCCAGAAAAGCAGCACCGACAUCGGCAUCCUGCUGGAAAUUCUGGCGUUCCUUACCGAAGAACUUGUUCACUCGAGGUUGCGCAUCGGCGAAAAUAGACGGUCCGAGAUUCGCAAUGAGUUUCUGCCUCACGCAACGAUGCUGCUUAGUUUUCUGGUAGUUUUUCGUAACAUUUGUCCAAACCAUACGUUGUACAUUACGAAUAGGAAUUUCUUUGCAAAUCUGAUUCUCAACAUCGCGCUAGCCAAUUAUUAG